GUUGUGUAGAGCAGCGGUGAUUUGGGAUGAAUAUUUUUCGUAAAAAGUGUCAAUGAGGUCAAAAGAUUCGCAAAGCCGGGUAAGAUGACAGCAGAGAACUCGAAUGGCUUGUUGUUUGUGGACCAGGCUGUAAAGCCUCUGCGCCUCUGCCCAAAAAUGGGCAGGCUUAGCGAGUGGGGAGGUGAGGAUUGGCAUGUGAAGUCAGCGAAAUGGAACAGUGCCUUCGGGAAAUUGAAACACAGGCCCCAACCCACCCACCACUGUACAGCGGGGCCCGGAAAGUGACUUCAUUACCGGACGUUGCUGCGGGGGUGCUGUUUGACUGUGCGCUGUACCAAACGCUGUUUGGGGAUUUGUUGCUUGGCUUGUUAUGAGCCAAUUCGAGUCGAUAGAGAGCUCAUAUGUAGGUUCCAACUUCAUCAGAGACGAUGAUGGCGGAACAGAGCAUUGCUUCAACAUGCUCCCAUUUCUAUGGCAAGCUUCUACUAUAUUGCUGGGAUAUCUAGAAUACACAUGCUGGGUGGUCUGUACAACCAAAUGGUCCACCAUUUACGGAUGGCCAUUUAGAAGCGAUGCUGCCAACAUUGACCAGCAGACUGAGUGACUUCCCUCUGCUACACCUCCACUGCUCGCUCCCAAGAUGGAAGGCUUAAGAUUUGUGAGAGUCUCGCAUUGUUUUAGCUCAACCUGCAUGCAUGAUUUAUCACACCCAGCCACCCACAGUGGCGCACAGGGGAAGGCAGCCGGACACACGGCACGAGGAAAAGCUAACUUCUUUUUUCCCAAGCGCACCGUGAAGCGAAAACAGUCGGCCGCAUAAGGAAAGCCUCACACACUGCUGGCAGGGUUUCUGUUUGUCUGCACGCUGUCGAUGCGUCGUUUCCAUUUUUUUUUUGCCUGCCUCUUGCUCAUUUAUGCCCGGACAUUUCGCACUCGGCCGUGGUACGGUUGAACGAUUUUCUUCACUUCGAACAGUGUGCUGUGCCCGACAGAGAGGUUGCCUUUUGGAUGGGGAGGCUCUCUAAAACUGACUUGGGUGGGUUCCUCUCUUGUUAUGUUUGCUCAUGAUCACUUGCGCUUAACGCAUUUGUUGUUUUGCUGGCUUGGCUGGCAACUCUGCUGCCUUGAAUUUUCUCCACCACCGUCCACCGUACAACGAAGGCAGGAAGGCGGUCUGAUGGCGUUCGAUCACAUCCAACGCGCGUAGGGAGAAUUAUUUACGAUCGAAUGAGAUACGCCUGAAUCCAAGUCCCGCGCCACACUCGGGACGAGGAGCCGACCGAUUGGAGUGUGGAGGAAAUGUUUGUGCAACUGGCGACAACAGAAAGCCACAAAGAACUUUCAAAGACGUCCCUAAUGUAUGCUCAACACAAGGUUCGGGCCUAAAAGGAUAGAAAACUUUCUCGAGUGCGCUCGUCGUAGAGUUCACUUCGUCAUUUCCUUUCCUUUGCAUGGUUGCAAACACUUGGAACGGUAGAACCUUACAACCAAACCAAGAAAUGGGUCGUGACAUAAUGAAAAGCAAAACUGAUGACAAGAUGUCAGCUAGUGUUUAUGCAAAAUCGAGAACUUCUCAACCCUUGACAGCGUCGCUGGCAAUUAUUUAUGCUGCACAAGUCUUGUAAACGCUGCACCAACAACCCAGAAAGGCGACAUAAAAGUAGGCCGUGAAGAUUUGUCGCUUACAUUCUGACAGCUUUGUUGAAAAGGCUUGUCAGUGUCCGGACUGUACAACGUUCUUUUGUGCAAUAAUGUACUAGUUAGCAGGCCUCUUUCACCCCAUUUCAAGUUAAGAUAAUGCAUACCAGAAGCCUAAAUAACAUUCAGCACCAAAUUGAAACGUCUAGAAGUUGUCUUACUGCUGCUACCCAAUUUCAGCAAUAAUAUAAUUCAAGAAUUCCAAUAACAUCGAGCACUAUCGAAAUGAGGAAUUCACUUGGAGGGCCAAUGACAUAACUACGAAACACGCACUGAUGGAAAGUAUUUGAUAUUUCACCGUGAUUAGAUGCUCGAAAGUAAUCAAUUUUCGCUACAACACCCUAACCCAAGCAUGUCACCGAAGACCGAAGAGGAAUUCCACGCAAUUCUAUUAUCAAGUUUUCCUGGAACUACUUGCGCUAACGAUCAGGAGGUGUGUGUGUAAGGUAACAUGCACAUACAUCGUUCAUCGUAUUGAGAAGGUCAGCAUAUCGGGGGUGUUACUCCCGCACUCUGUGCAGAAAGGGAGACUGAUUGGCAACAUUUUUGCCAACACCUCGAAACGCGGAACCUUGGUGGUCGCGAACGCGAAAUACCUGCAACCCGUACAAGUUCCGGCUAGAUUGAUUGAAGGUCCAAGAGCUCCGAUGCGAGCACCAAAGAUACAUUGCACAUGAUAAUGCUGUUAUCGAUUCCGUAAGUUGGAAGUUCCUAGUCGGACCACACACGUUUACCACUAUCACAGAGCAAGGAACAAUGUACGAUAGCGAUCUUUGGCUGUUUGAUUUGAUAGCCGGGAGCAUCGUACGAAGGCACAACACAGCUCUCCGGAGGCUUCAAUUUUGCAAAAAAGAAAAAUCAACCAUCUUAUCAGCGGAGAGGUUUUGGUGAAGAUGUCCAAAAUGUCCCUCCCGUACAUUGUCCAAUGCUUGGAAUAGAAAGUGCGACCCCCCAUCGAAGAAUCGGGUUGUAUAAAAGACCUUACCAGGGUGACAGUAAGGCAUCAGUUUUUCGUCGACCAGUGUACGACGACCUAGCAGCAGUACAGACUUCUAGCGUGGAAAUCGACCCAACCCAGCUGCUCGCAAAUGAGAAGUUUACUCGUGUUGGCUGUCCUCGUGACGGCCUCCCAGGCGUACUCGGUGUUCCAGAACCCACCGUGCUCGGGCACCACGCCCUGCCUGAUCAACUGCGUGCAGAACUCGCGCUGCCCGAUCUACAACCCGGCCAAGCCGGUCCUGCUUCCGGGCCCGACCUGCGACCGUUUCUACAAGUGCGAAAGUGGCCGCGCCUGCGAGACCCUCUGCCCGGGCGGUACCCACUUCAAUGCCCGCGAGCAGGCGUGCGACUGGCCGCACCGUGCCUGUUGCGACCCGAACAUUGAGUGCCGUCCGGAUCCGUGCGGACCCAGCGGUGACUGCGGAGUCGAUGGCGGUCCGAUCGUUCCACCACCCCCACCACCUCCACCACCGCCACCACCACCACAGCCCCCGUGCAGCGGUGGAGGCAUCUGUGCCAUCAACUGCCCCGUAGACAACCGUUGCCCGAUGUUUGACGGCUUGAAGCCGACGCUCCUGCCCGGACCGAACUGUGGCGUGUACGCCAAGUGUAUCGCUGGACGUGCCUGCCCGAUGCAGUGCCCCGCUGGGCUGCACUUCAACGCCGCCAAGCAGAUCUGCGACUGGCCGUUCCAGGCUUGCUGCGACCCGAACGUUGAGUGCCGCCCGGACCCAUGCGGUCCCAGCGGUGACUGCGGAGGCGGUGGCGGUCCAAUCUAUCCACCACCCCCACCACCUCCACCACCGCCACCACCACCACAGCCCCCGUGCAGCGGUGGAGGCAUCUGCGCCAACAACUGCCCCGUAGACAACCGUUGCCCGAUGUUCGACGGCUCGAAGCCGACGCUCCUGCCCGGACCGAGCUGUGGCGUGUACGCCAAGUGUAUCGCUGGACGUGCCUGCCCGAUGCAGUGCCCCGCUGGACUGCACUUCAACGCCGCCAAGCAGAUCUGCGACUGGCCGUUCCAGGCUUGCUGCGAUCCGAGCGUGCAGUGUCGCCCCGACCCAUGCCCGCCGGGUGCAUUCGGCUGUGGCCAGAACAACCAGAACAACCACUUCAACAACAACUGGAUGUGGGGUUAAGCGCAGUGCAGCAGCCAGCAGGAGGAGCUCGGAACGCCGCCGCCGAUCUUGGAGAUCAUCAGCAGCAACUACAACAGCAACAACAACAACCACUAGGCUUUCGGCUCCGCCUGCAAAUCCAUCACGCUAGAUGCUAGGUAAGAGUUUGCAAUAGCCUUUAAACUUGAUGGCAUUAUCAGACGAAGGUGGCUAUUCCUAACACACAAAGAACACGAGCCCCGAGAAUAUACGAGCACUUCUAACAAUUACA